GUCUCUCUGUCUGCAGAAACAGUCGGUCAGUCCCAUUGAUAGCAAGGACAAUUCAAAAGGACAUCAUAGCCAGAUUGGUUAAUUUUUAGUUUUCUGCAUUUUCUACAGAAAAGUGACCAUGAAGAUUGCAGCAUUUAAUGUGAAGAACCUCGGAAUGAAAAAAGUCAACAAUGACAUUAUACUGAAAAACCUUAUCAAGAUUGUGUCUCGGUACAGUUUGGUGGUGAUGCAGGAAGUUCAGGAUCCCACUGGCAAUGCGAUGAACAAGUUUCUCACAGAGCUCAAUAAAUAUGGAAAAAACAAAUCUCAUCCAUUUAAGAUGCUGAGCAGUGACCCAAUAGGACGAAACUCUCACAAGGAGCAGUUUGUCUUCUUCUACAGACAUGAUGAAAUAGACGUGAUAGACUACUACCAGUAUGAAGAAGAAAACGAAGAUGUGCUUGCCCGAGAGCCCUUCAUUGUGAAGUUUGAAUGUCCAAAGACAGUUGUGAAGAAUCUGGUUCUGAUCCCAGUCCACAUCGAUCCAGAUGAUGCUGAAAAUGAGCUGGAAGCUCUGGAUGAUGUGGUUGAAGAUGCAAGGAAUACAUUGAACACUAAUAACAUCAUGAUUUUGGGCGACUUCAAUGCAGAUGGUCGUUACCUGAAUAAUGAAACUAGGGAAGCUCUAAGCAUCAGUUCUGCUCCCUAUUAUUGGCUGAUAGAUGAAGAUGCUGACACCACUACUGGGGCUAAUGACCAUACCUACGACAGGAUCGUGGUGUAUGGAGGUGAGAUGUAUGAUGCUGUUGUUGCUAACUCAGCGAAGCCUUUCAACUUCCAGAAAGCCUACAAAUUAGGGAAGAAAAUGGCUCAAUCCAUCAGUGAUCACUACCCUGUGGAGGUGGAGCUUGAAGACGAUUAACAUUUGAAAAUGAGCUCACUGAACCUCCAGCAAAGAAGAAAGCCUGGAAAAGAAAUUGUUUCUUUUAAACACUCAAGUCUGGUGAUUGACUUCAUUUUGAAUCCAACUUCAAGUGGUCACAAAAGGAACUACAGUUUUUGGCACUGCACAAUACAAGAUUCCCUUUUUCCUCCUUGGGCUGGAGACCUGUAUCUCUUAUGA